AUGAGCCUUCGCAACGCGCCUCCGGUGGUCGGACGCAGCAAGUCGUCGUUGAUGAGGGGCGGUGGCGCGGAGCUGUCGUCGCUGUCGGGCGCGCCGACGCUGGGCCGUUCCACCCCGACGGGGCCUGGGCGCUCGAGUGGUGGGGCCAAGGCGGGCGGAAGCGGCAUCGACGACCUAUUCUCCGACUCGCCAGGGCCCAUCGCGGGCACCGCGGCGUCCCGCGGGAAGCCCAAACCAGAGAAACGGCGCACAGGUCUCCCGCUUGAUGACUCGGACUCGGACCAGGAGCUCUUCAAGCCCGCCAAGCCCGCCGUCGAGCGAGCCAAGUCCUCCAUCGACCGCUUCCCCGCCACGCGCGUCUCGGGCCCCGCCCGCACCAGCAACGACACUGCCGCGGCGAAGACCGACGCGCUCGACGCGCUGCUGCCCACCGCCGCGUCGAUGCCGGUGGGCUCGACCCAGACCCGGCCGGCGCCGCACGCGCCGCCGCUCGACAUGCCGGAGUCGCCCGGCGCGCCAGGCCCGCUGUCGCUGGGCCGCAUGCCAACCCUGUCCAGUGGCGAGGUCGACGCGAUUCUGCCCUCCCCGCGCGGCCGGGAGGGGGUGUCGCCGCGCGGCGGGAUGCCGAACAACGAGUUCUCGUUCGGGGGCGGCCGGGACGGCAGCGGCCAGGAGAGCACCGGGGACCUGAUGCUGGGGGGGGGUUCUCCGCGCGGAGGACGGGGCCUGCCCGCGAAGGCGCACUCCGCGAUGCCCGCGUCGCUGCUGCGGAACAAGCAUACGGACAAGGGGAGGCCGCACGCGCGAUUCGACGCGGGCCUCGACGAUCUGCUGCCGCUGGGCGGGGACGGCGACGACGGGGGGAGUGCCAAGAAGCCUGACGCAGGGGCGUCCCCCGGGAAGGCGAAGCACGGCCGGCGCUCGCGGACGGGACUCGUUGGUGCCGCGGAAGUGCAGCCUCCGGAGCUUCCGGCGGGCGCACGGCGGCCCUCGGGGGGGGCGUUGGAGAGGGGUCCCAGGGGGGGGUUCUCGCGUCAGGAGUUCGGGCUCGAGUCGGAGUCGGACUCGGAGCGCGAGCCCAGCCAGAGCAUGCACGCGUACACCGAGGGCGACUCGGACGCGUCGCAGCUCAUCUCCGGCGCGUCGACACCCGGGGGGGGGUCCCAGGAAGGGUCCCCGGAGAAGCGCCGCCCGCAGUCCAAGGCGGCCCAGCGCCGCGUGCAGCGCAACGACUCCGAGCGCUCGCGCGGGCGCCCGUCCACCGCGGGCCCGGCCUCCGGGCGGGGCUCGGGCCGAUCCUCGCGCCGCACGCGGUCGCCGACCGGCAACCCCGGCGACAUGUCGAUGCUGAACCAGUCGGCCGGGUUCGCAGACUUCACGCGGGCGAGGAGCGCGAACGCGCUGACGGAGGGCGGCGGCCCGGCCCCGCUGUCGCGCCAGGGCUCCAGCGCGUCGCGCUCGCGACCCCCCCGGGGGGUCUCGAACGCCCAGUCGGGCCAGGGCAGCCCCGCGCUGCGCUCGCAGCGGGCAUCCGGGACGCUCGACCUCGCCGCGGAGAUCCUCCCGCGCGGCGCGACGGCGCGACGCAGUGGCAGCACGCCCGGCGCGGCGGGGCCCGGCACACCGGAGCCGUCCUCGGCCGCCGCAGAGGCGCGCGCGCAGUACGCGGAGGAGACGCUCGGUCGCGUGCGGGCGGAGCUCGAGGACGCGCAGAAGCAGCUGUCGCUGGCCCGGGCGGACGUGGAGGAGCUGCGGGGGCGCAGUGGCGCGGCACAGCGGGACGUGGAGACGCUGCGGCAGGACGGGCAGGUGCAGCGGCGGCGGCACGAGGAGGAGAUCAAGGAGCUGCGGGAGAAGCAUCGCGCGGCGAUGGAGGAGCGCGACCAGGCGCACCAGCGCGCCAUGCAGAUCCAACGCGACGAGGUCGCCGCGCUCCGCAAGCAGCACGCGGAGGACCUCGCCGCCCAGCGCCGCACCGUCGAGCAGGAGCUCCUGGUGGUGGAGAAACAGCGGCUGCAGGCGCAGCAGGUGCAGGAGCUCGCCGCGCAGCUGGGCGGCAUGUCCGACCGCAUGCGCGGCGCGGAGGCGGGCCUGUCGUCGGAGAUCACGCGCGUGCUGUCGGAGCGGGAGGAGCGGGUGCGGCGCAGGGAGGCGGAGCUGCUGGACCGGACGCGCGAGGUCGGGGCGCGCGAGGCGGCGGCGGACGCGCUGCGGGCGCAGCUGGACGACCUCGCGGCGAGCUUGCGGCAGCGCAGCGCGCAGGCGGACGAGGCGCUGCGGUCGCAGCAGACGGCGCUGGCGGCGGAGCGCACGCGGCUGCAGGCGCUGAUGGCGACGCUGAACGAGGAGCGCGCGACGGCGGCGGAGCGCGCGGGGCAGGACGCGGCCGCGGCGGCGCGGGACCGCGCGGCGCGGGAGGCGGAGCGGCGCGCGGCGCAGGCGGCGGUGGAGAGCGACCGGCGGGCGCUGGCCAAGGAGCGGGCCGAGGCGCAGUCGGCGGUGGAGGCGGCGCGGAACGAGGAGGCGGCGCUGCGGCGCGAGAUGGCGGGGCUGGAGGCGCGGUGCCGGCGGCUACGCGAGACGGCGCAGAAGGAGGACCGCGAGCUGCGGGCGGUGCAAGAGGGGCUGGCGGCGGAGAAGCGCGCGCUGGCGGCGUCGCGCGUGGAGCUCGCGGACGAGCGGGAGGGGUUCCAGGAGCAAGUGGCGGACCUGAUGGCGCUGGCGGCCGCAGUGGAGGCGCAGAGCGGGGAGGUGGCGGCGACGCGGGCGGCGCUGGCGACGGAGCAGAGGCGGCUCGAGGAGCGCAAGCGCGAGAUUCUCGAGGGCGCCGCGGCAGCGGAGGGCGCGGCCGCGGAGAUCGCUGCGGAGCGCGAGGCGCUCGACGCCCGCGAGGCGGCGCUGCAGCGCGCCCGCGCGGAGCUGACGGCGGAGCGGCGGGAGGUCACCGCGGAGCGACUCGCGCUCUCCCGGCAGGCGCAGGCCCUCGCGCAGGCCAGGACCGCACUGCACGACCAGGCCUCGGCGCUCAUGGUGCAGGGCAUGGCCGGCAUGUCCGCGAAAGACCUCGCGCCGCUCGCCGAGCUGCUCAACAGCAACAACGCAGCCAUCGCCGCUGCGUCGGCGGCGCGGACGCGGCUCGUCGUACCGGGCCCGAUCGGCGGCGCGGCGGCGACCCCGGAGGCGGGCGGCCACGUGCUGGACGGCGUGCCGGGCAGCGCCGCCAGCGCAGCGGCCCCGGCGGUGCCCGGGACCCCUCCGCGGCGCGAGCGCCCGCAGGGCACGCCGGUGCGGCCGGCGCGGACGCCGGGGUCGAACAAGAAGCGGCGGCGGUCGGGGGUGGACGCGGCGCGCGGGCGGCAGGACCUGCGCGGGCGCCUGCACGCACUGCUGCGAGAGGCGCUGCCGUCCGGCGAACAGGCGGCCAUCGAGGUGACGCGGGGCGAUGCGCCGGCGACGUCCGUGCGGAGCCGCGCGCUGGCGGAGGCGGAGGAGUACUUGAACGCGCAGGGGGAGUUUUUGAGCCGAGUCAGACAGAAUCUGAACUCGCAGCCCCCCAGCGCGAGCAAGCAGCGGGGCGGGCGGGCCGCGGGGCGGAUCGCUGCGCUGGCUGCGGAGGGGAUCUUCGCGGACGACCCGCGGCGGGACAUGCGCGACGCCUCCGCUGCGGCAGCCCCGGAGGACUUUGACGUGCGGCGGGGGGGUGAUCCGUUCGCGGAGGAGGCGCACGCAGGGGCCGGGGAACCCGAGGGCGACAUUUCGGUGUCGUGA